GAGACAUGAGUGUAGAAAACGCAAUUUACCGUCUCUGAAAAUCAAAGCUCGCAGCAAUCACAUGCUAAAAUACAGGGGAAGUCCAAAUUCCCGGUUCCUUAGUUUACGCCGUCAUUCUCUGUUGUCUGUAGUAUUAAAUUAAUACAACAAGUGAGUCACUGUCACCGAGUUAAUCAAACACUAGACUCAGAAAACGGAGGAGGAGGAGCAGAGCGGAUUGGUAGCUAGAGGGAGUAAAGCUUAAGAGGAAAAGCGAGUUGAAGAAAAAGCAACUCAGCAAAUUGAUUGGGAAGGAUGAUGGGGGAGUGGCAGCAGCAGCAAAUGAUCCACCAGAAUUUGCAGAACCCAGAAGAAGAUGAUGGGAUUGGAAAUGGAAAUGGAGGGUUGUUCGUGAAGGUGAUGACGGACGAGCAAAUGGAGCAGCUGAGGCAACAGAUCGCCGUCUACACCACCAUUUGUGACCAGCUUGUCGACUUGCACAAGCAACUCUCUGCCCAACAGGAUCUUACUGGAAUGAGACUGGGGAAUUUUUAUUGUGAUCCAUUCAUGGCAUCCGGUGGCCACAAGAUAACUUCAAGGCAGCGCUGGACCCCGUCAGCCGUGCAACUUCAAAUCCUUGAGCAAAUUUUUGAGGAAGGUAACGGAACUCCAUGCAAGCAGAAGAUCAAAGAGCUGACCAUGGAACUCACACAGCAUGGCCAGAUAUCUGAAACAAAUGUCUACAAUUGGUUCCAGAACAGGAGAGCUCGUUCAAAAAGAAAGCAAUCCAUGACCACGCAAAACAAUGCAGAAUCAGAAGCCGAGCCAGAAGUUGAAUCACCCAGGGAUGAAAAGACAAAACCAGAAGACAUCUUGUCCUUUGACAACUCUGCACUGAGGGCUGAAAAUAUGUACCUUCAAAGCCCCGAAUUAGGAUUUGGAAAUUUUGAUUGGUAAAUAUCAUAUGGAAGUUCCACCAAGCUAUAUAUAAUCCUUAUGACCCGGCUGAAGACCUUCUGUAUUCAGAUGAUGCCGUCAAUGUUUAACGCUCCUGCUAUCGUGCUUGAAUAGAAUCGUAUCAGAUUGCGAGGUUAAUGGACUGUAUUUUAUAGUAGAAAAUAUCUUUUUAUUGAGGGAGCAUAUGAAACACAUGGUACUUAGCAAACAUCUACAUGUAAUGUAUACAUAAAAAAACAGUUUUAUAUUUUUCAGGAUUUUCUAAUAUUAUUGAAGGUGUAAUAUUUGUUGAAGACAGCAUGUAUUUAUGGUUACAGUCUGAUUAUAGUGAAGAUCUCCGUUUGUUCGUCGAA